AUGAAGUCCAUGAUUAUUGUCGCCGUUUUGGCCUUCCUGGCGGUCGCCAGCGCCAAGCCUUUCCUCGGUGAAUUAGGAGCUGGUCUUGGUGAAGUAGGAGCUGGCCUUGGAGCCGGCCUUGGUAACAUCGGAGCUGGACUUGGUGCCGGGAUUGGAGCCGGACUUGAAGGUCUCGGUAUUGGCGGGCUCGGUGGAGGUAUCGGACUGGGCGGGCUAGGCGGAGGCCUGGGCCUAGGGGUGGGUGAAGGCUACGGAUCAGGCAGCGGUUACGGCCAAUCCGGCUACGCUGGUGGUAGCAGGGGCUACGGCAAUAGCGGUUACGGUGGUGGUGCAGUGAACAUAGGCCAUGAUGUCGGUCAUCAUGAGAGCGACUUCAGUCAGGAGGUUCACCACCACGAGUCCUCUGGUCACGAUGUCGGAGGGGCCAUGGAGGUCGGCCAAGGCGGACACAACCUUUAUGGACACAACAACUAUGGCGCUGGACAAUCAGGUUACGGCCAGAACUACAACCAAGGCGGAUAUUUAGCGUAA